UCCUUGCUCAAGAUCGAGACGAUGAUCAUUGGCUAAAAGAGAACGGAACGAAUGAUGGCAUCGUUAUUCUACCCGUCUUUCUUUUUGUGUAUCUAUUUCUCUAUCUAUCACUCUCGCUCAAUCUGCCUCCCUCUCCAUCUCUCUCUCCCUCUCUCCUCUUUCCCUUCGCCACUCCUUUCGUUAUUUCCAUUUCUUAUUCACUCGCUCGCUACUAGCCUUUUCCCCCCUUCAAAAUCGUUGAGCGAAACGCGUCGAGACCAUCGUCCUUGCAUAUACAGAUAGUUUUAUUCGAAGUUCCGUGGAAUGUACGCGUUAUACCCCACCACGCGGGGUUUUCACGGAUUUUCGUGUAGGUUUCCUGCUAUGGCGUUAGUAGUACCUCUCUCACUCGCUCUAUGACGUUUCUUCGCUUCUCUGGACGCCACCAACAGCUGUUUAGUGCGAUCGUCGCCCUCUCGUAUAGUUCGUGUCUCGCCGUAAGAGUGAGAAAGAGAGAAAGUGAGUGGGAGAGUACAAGACGGUGGCCCUACCGCAAGUUUUUCGUCCUCAAUCUCAACCGUCACAUUUGUGCAAGAACAUUAGUGUGUAAGAAGUUACAAGUACAGUCAAUUACAUAGCACCAAGGCAUUGUGCAGGCUUUGCAAGGCUUCGACAAGAAAAAUCUUGGUAAUUUACUGUAUUGUGUGAUAUAAAGAGUUAAAAACAAAAAUGUCAGUAUUGAAUCAAAGUGGAGAAGAUGCAGUGGAAUGCCCUUUGUGCAUGGAACCAUUGGAAGUAGACGAUUUGAAUUUCUUUCCGUGCACUUGUGGCUAUCAAAUAUGCCGGUUUUGCUGGCACAGAAUUCGGACAGAUGAAAAUGGUUUAUGCCCUGCCUGUCGGAAGGCCUAUUCUGAAAAUCCUGCCGAUUUUAAACCUCUUAGUAUGGAAGAAAUUGCGAGAUUAAAAGCAGAGAAAAGAUUAAAAGAUCAGCAACGUAAGCAGAGGGUCACAGAAAAUCGUAAACAUCUAGCAAAUGUGAGAGUAGUACAAAAAAAUCUAGUAUUCGUAGUAGGAUUACCAUUGAGACUUGCGGAUGCUGAUAUGUUAAAGCGGCACGAAUAUUUUGGAAAAUUUGGCAAAAUUCACAAAGUUGUAAUAAAUCAGAGCACUUCCUAUGCAGGGUCUCAAGGGCCUAGUGCUUCAGCUUACGUUACUUAUCAACGUCAAGAGGAUGCACUACGUGCUAUAGAGGCUGUGAAUAAUGUUGUUAUGGACGGGCGGACAAUUAAAACGUCGCUAGGGACAACAAAGUAUUGUUCACAUUUUAUGCGUAAUCAGCCUUGUCCGAAACCGGAUUGUAUGUAUUUACAUGAUCUUGGGGACCAGGAGGCAUCAUUUACAAAGGAAGAGAUGCACCAAGGGAAACAUCAGGAUUAUGAGCGCAAACUUGUGCAAUCGUUACAUGCGUCGCACGCAUCUGCACAACGAAAACCAACACCAUCACCAGCAGUAACAGGCAGUAUUGUUAGAGAGAAUGGAACUUCGAAUUCUCAAGCCAAAGAAGCUUGGCCAUCGUUACAAACCGGACAAACAAAUAGUUCACAAACUACUUGUAAAGAAUUAUCACCGCCAUCGCAAGCAUCGCAACAGAGUCACAUAACAAAUGGAAGUGGUACGAUAAACCAGCAGAAUCACGUGUCAUCUAGUGGUUCUACGCAGCAGCAGAAUAACAAUAACAAAGGUGAAAAUAUGAAUAUACGGAGAGGAAAAAGUAAUAGUGAAAGUAAAGCUCAGACUGCGCGGAAUAAACACAAAAAUUGUCAAAACAAAGAGAAACAUAGUACGCGGACUACUUCCCGUUCAGAAUCUAGUUCCAUCGGUACGCAAAAUAAUGUACAGCCACAAAUUAAUGGACAGAAGGAUAUUAGAAAUUUUACCUCCGACUCGAAUAGUGAAGUAUUGCAAAAAUUGGGUAGUAAGUGCAAAUCGGAACAACAGCAACAACAAUCGCAGCAGCCACCGCCUCAACAACAAUCUCAGCAGCAGCAACAGCAGCAGCAGCAAAACAGUAAAGGAUCGAAAUUGAUUCAUCACCAGCAGCAGCAGCAGUCUCAAGAACUGAAAGUAAAUGGAGUUAUACAAAACGGAGAUCGUCGGCAUUCAGACAGUGAGACAGAUCAGCAGCGUGAAGGUAGUACACCUGCUAGCACAAUUUCCAGUACGGAAGAUUCGAAUGUGAAUCAUCAAGCGGAACAUUUAACAGAAUCGAGUGAGGAGAACAGUGGUGCUGCUAUUUUAGGUUCCUCUCCGGCUAGCACAAAUUCAUCACAAGGCCUCAAUCAACAGCCACCACCUGGAUUACAUAAUGGGUCUCAAGUGCAACUCAAUCAUCGAUCGAUCUUUCAGACGGACAAUAAUAGUUUCUUCAGUUCAAAUAAUUUCCAGAAAAUCUCUACCACUACCACCUCCGUGCCACCUACUUCUUUGACAGCAAAUCCAAACUUGAAUUGGGCGAGUACAGGCUUAGCUUCUAUCCCCGACUCAUUGCCAAUGGUUCAAUCCAGCGAAGAUUGGCAAGCGGCUUUUGGUUUUCAAACCGAAACGUCACGAGCAAAUCAUGUACAAAAAUCCAGUCCUUCUAGUUCGCCAGGAGUAACAUACAAUUCCGAUGGUUUUGUAGAUGAAGAAGUUUACACUAAUCUACAAUACACUACAUUAUCAGAACCUUCUGGAAGUUUUACAUCAAGCCUGCUUGUUAAUUCUCCUGCAUCUAAAUUUAUGGCAGACUUUCAACAAAACUCAUUGCAGCAAAGGCUUGCUAUGCAGGCACAGCAAAAUCAAGAAAAUUGUGAAUAUAUCAAACAGAAUGGUCACGCUACUCUAGAGGAGGUACGGAACCACAAAGAAUGCAGUUCAGAUUUAAAAGCCGACGACGAUCUAGGUUUUGACCCAUUUCACGAAACACAAAAAGCUUUGGCCGAACUCAUGGAAAAUGAGAUGCAGAUUCAGCAGCAAAGGUUGUAUCAGCAACAGCAACAACAACAACAACAAAAAGAACGAGAAGAACAGACUAGAGUGCAACAUCAACAGAGUAUGGUCAACCUUGGCCAACAACAUUUUCCACAGGUUGCCCACAUAACACAUUUACAACAGCAAGCUCAACAUCUGCAGAAUUUGCAAGUUCUUCAACAGUCGCAUUCCCUGCUGUCUCGUCUUCCGCAAAAUUUAUUACAAAGUGGUACGCAAAGUCCUGCUCAAAACACCGUGGCUGCUGCUAGUUUGGGACAACGUAGUCGCCUUCCACCACCAGGUUUCCCUGGUUCUACACCAAAUCACAUGAAUUCUUUUGGCCUUGGUAUACCGCGACCAGCUCCCACGAACAAUGCUCUUUCGGGAGCCCAACCACCUCAACAAAAUGCUUAUCUUCCGAAUGGAAACCCCCUUCUGAAUUCACAAGGUAUUAGUAAGUGCGCGGGCGAUGCAGUGUAUGCGUUCAAAGAUUGGUGUGAUAUUAAUAAUCAACAACAACAACAACAAUUUCAUCAUCAAGCGCUACAUCAGAAAGGCGGAUGGAAUAAUUUUGGACCUAUCGCGGACUGGACUUCGAUUGAUCCAGCUAUCGUUAGUUCUAGGCCUCUUCCAUUCCAAACUACCAGUACAUGGCAGUUUCCACAUGUUCAUCCUACACAUGCUGUAUCACAUAAUGCGCAACAGGAACAGAACGCACCGACACAACAUUGGGCAAUGCAACCACCCCCAGGUUUUGCUGCGCCAGCGACUACGGGGCAGCUGAGUAAUCAACAACCCAGCACAACUGCACAGCCGCACACUAAACUUAUCUCAGCUGGAUCGGAUAUCGAAAAUUUAUAAAUAAAUAUGAAUACGCGAGAUGUACAAGUGGCAUGAUAAAACAUCUAUACGAGACAAGGUGAAAGUCAGCAAUGAUACAAAAAACCCGACAGUCUGUUACGUACGUUUUCCUGACCCGUGUCUAUAUACAUAUAUCAAUUAAUUUUAUUCUGAUACUUUAUUCCCGCUGGAUGAGUAUUUAUCGUUGAGAUAAGUAUUAAAACAUAACUGGAAUAUAAUUUAACAUGAAUACUUUCGUAUACGUGCGAGGAAUACAAGUCUAUACAUCUUCUGGAUAAUAUUAUCAUAUUUAAUCUAUAGUAAAUUCGAGCUAUUCACAAGUCUGGCAGUCGUCUUGCUACGAUUACGUUUACGUAGGAUGAAAUGAUGGAAGGUAUAAAAGGCAAUGAUUUAUGAUUUAUAAUUAACAUUAAAUAAGAUACUUACGAUGGUAAUUAUAAUAAACAAAAAUUUUUGUGUAUAUAUUACUCGAAUCCAAGUAAAUAUUAUUCAAGCGAACAUGAGAAAUGCUUUUUUGUGUAAAUAAAUACAUCAUACAUUUUCAGGACAUAUAUCCACGAGUAAAAAUUUAUCACGCGAUGAAAGUUUACAAACGAUUAUUCUUCUCGUGUAUCGAUACAUUUUUUAUUUA